AGCGUAGUUGUUUUAUUUUGAAAAUCUCCCAGGAAGUGCAUUGCGCCUUUAAAACUUGAUGCGAAUAUCUGUCAAAUCUUCAGUAAAAUGCCGGCAGUCGUCUUCCUCACGGGGCACUGCGCUGGAAUCAGCGUGCCAGUUGCCCGCCGGGCUUUACCCACUCGUGUUCCUCCGUGUAAAUGGCUCUUUCAGGAGGUUCCCUGCGGCGUAGAGGACUGCUCACCGGAACACUGCGUCUUCUUAUGCAACCAUGCGUUUAUUUCCCUAUGCAACACUCGCGCUGCAAUGACAAGUGGGUUGAAUGAAGUAAAAGUCGGAUGUAGACAUAAUUCCAUGGACCAACAGUAUCUAGAGCUAAUAACCAGUUUAACCUAAAUAUUGCAGCGCUCUAUGGAUGGAUCUCUGGGACAUAACUGCAUCAGACGGCUGCUUUCAUGCUGUUCAACUUUGAAGGACAGUGCUGCAGUAAGGAACCUUUGUCUUCACCAGCUGCUGCUGCACCUGAUUUAAAAAAACAACAACAACAAAACAAAAACUCAUAAUCCUUCAGCCUAUGCAACAGGAUAAGAGCAACAAGCUUUACAUAAACUGGAUCUUUUCUGACCUUUGAUGUUCUGAGGGGUCAAUGACAAGGCCAAAAGGGAGAUAAUCUAAAGGACUGUGUAUGCUGGCCAUUACACCCCACCUUGCCAUUCUGUCUCUGGGCUAAUACUUGCGAUGCUGUUUGAAUUUUCCUUAAACUCUUGAGACCUGGACUGGAUGCUGGAAUCAGUGAUCCUAAAGGAGAUGGACUGAGAACCUUGGCAGGCUUUGGAUGCCAUACCAGUUUAUAACCAACAGAUUAUAUCACCUGACAUGCUGUGAUCAGCAGUACACAGCCAAGCAGAACAGCAUAAAGGUUUUUGACCUUUUUUACUUUUUUCUAGGAAAAAAGAACUCUUAGCUCAUCAUGUUUCUGAACUGUGGUCAACCGUUGCCUCUGCUUAGUGACAAGGAUGUACCCCCUCGUGUUACAGAAAACUUCAUCCUUUCAGGCUACCGGUUCCCAAACUACAGCCUGAGGGACUGCUUGUUGUCAGCAUUCAGGCCUACCAAUGAAACAGGAAACUUCUGGACACACUUCCUACCCAUCUUCAUUUUUGCUUACUACUUUCUACAGAUGUUUAGUUGGGAUGGUGCACCUGAUGCCGACGCCCCAUUCUUUUACCCAAUGUGGAACUACUUUAUUGGGGUGUUUUGUCUGCUCCUGGCCAGCAGCAUGGCCCACUUGCUGAACUCAAUGUCUCUGGUCGUAAGGGAGGUUUGCUUCUUCGUUGAUUAUGGCACAAUCAGUGCCUACACAGUUGGCUCAUCAUUGGCGUACUACUACUACAUCCAUCCUCGGGCAGGGAUAGUGGAGAAAGAAGACAAGAACGGCUCCUGUUUGGACAUAAACCACAAGCGUAAAGGGUUUUUAUCACCUAACGCCAUGCCGGAAUUCAACCUGUUCUUUGAGACCUACUACAUGCCAUGUGCAUGUGUUAUAGCAAUCAUAUGUGUUUUAUCCUGCUGUAACACUCGUCAGAGGUGGAGGGAGCAUCGAUACAUCAUACGGACCCUGGUUUUCCUGCUGCCAUUCCUAAUCUCCUCCACACCAGUCUUCUACCGUGUCCUCACCAGAUCGCCUUACUCCACCACCACGCCUUCCUUUGCUGCCUCCAUCACCAUGCCCAACUUCUUCUAUCGCCACUCUCUCUGGCUGCUGGUGUCGGCCCUGUUCAACAUCAGCAAGUUCCCAGAGAGGCUGGCUCCAGGUCGAUUUGACAUCUGGGGCCACAGCCAUCAGUGGUUUCACUGCUGCACAUUUUUGUCCAUCCUCGACGAACUUCACAUGAUCCAGGCUGAGGUGAGAGCCAUCCUGCUCAAUCCUGAUUUCCUCUUACCCCCUACCGCGCUCUCUCGCCUACCUGGACCAACCAUUGCUUCCACCUACGGAGUGAUGCUCCUCCUCCAGACUACCAUUGUCUCAAUAAUUGCAUGUUUCUCCUGGCAUGCAAACUGUAUCUACGGCCCUCAAAGGGACCAGCUAAAGAAACAAAUGAAAAUUGACUAAUGCAAGAGACGUCUUUCUUUAUUACUGUGAAAGAUGAUUUCCAUAUGCCUAAAAGGUAAGGGUGCACCAAUAAAUCGGGUCAGAUUUCCUUAAUUUUGGUGAGAUCAAUGAUCUGCUAACGUGAAAAAUAAAUCUUAACUACCUAUCUUAUCUAACUCCACAAAGAUCUGAAAAUCAACCUCUUUUGUUCUGCAGUGAGAGAACAAAAGACAGAUCCCGCCUACAAGUCACUUCUACUUGUGCAAAAUUAACAAUAUCCUACUUUUGCCAACUUAGUGGCUCUGUCGCUAUAUUUUGUGACUUUUCAGACAAUCGACCUAAAUUGGAAUUGACAGGUCAGGUUUUUUUAUAGAUUGGUGAUUGGCUACAAUUGGUGCACCCCUGCCACAAAGCCAUGCUAUAAGAACUGCACAAGAAAAUGAUUUAAAAUCUCUCAUGCAUUCUGACCCCAUCUGGGCCAAUUAUGAUGCUUUCAUAGGAAGAAGUAGGAGACGGGAGGAGAUGACAGGAUUAUGUUUGGGCUCGCUACAGGGAAGCUGUCUUGUUGAGUGGAUAUUUAAAGCCCUUGCCAGCUUUUUUUUCCCCUGAGAACAGCUUCAUCAUGGAAUAUCUAAAAAGUGAGGAUAAUAGGAUGGACAUUUGAGAAUAGAGGUUGAUAUUUGGUCUGCAGGAACUCUGGUUAGAGGUUAUGGGCUUUUCUCCCAACUGUUCUGAUCAUGUCCAACUUUUUAUUGCACUGUUGUUUUGUUCAUUUCAUGCUCUGCUAUGUAUUUGAUUUUCCUCAUCUUUGAUAUUAACGAGACCCAUAUUGUCUUGCUUUGUCAUUUCCUUUUAUGGCCUUGGUUAUCUACUCCAGAAAGUGUUAUUUCCUCUUUCUUAGCCCUGCAGCAGGAAGUUGCAUGGUUUUAAGGGCAUCAGCUCAACAGCUGAAACUUUGUAUGAGUCUUACUAUGAAGCACUUUCAGGGAGCCAGUCAAAUUUACCCUGUCUUUUAAAAAAAAAAGCCAUGCUCAUGUUUGAAUCUGAAAGGAUUAAAUUUGUUUGAUAAGCAUGUUAUGAUGUCCUGCAGAUAGCUUAUUUAGCUUUUUAUCUAGCUUAUUUAGAUGUGAAACUCAUUCAUGGUACAUUUGAUGCCGUUGCUGCUUGGGUUGUGUCCAGCCUUUAGUCAUAUUUAGACACCUCUCAGUAUCUUUGUCCAGGCAUCUUCUUUUCUUUAUGUUAUCUACCACUCUUUUAGGUUAUUAAGAAUGAAGCUAAAGUUGUGUUUUACUUGGAGGGUUAGCUGCUCUCUGCACUUUUUCUUGCCUUUGGAUGUAGAGCAAUCUUAGUUUAGAACUGGUUGCUGGAAAUGGCUGCAUUUGUCCUUCAUUUGCUAAACUCUAAAGGGAUAGUUUGGCAUACAGGGAUUGUUUCUCCUGAAGGAGGUUUUCUGGAGAAUUUAUCAGUGAUUAGGUGCAGUACAUGUUUUCAUUAUUGAGCUUUCAUUAAAAAGAUUGGGUCUGGACCAAAACAGAUGUCUACCACUGUAGAACAUCUGCAGGGGUUAAGAUUUUAUGGUGGUUCAACAUUAUUUUGCAGUUAUCUCUUUAUUAGACAGUUAGUUCCAAAGAAAAUGUUUUUUUACAACACAGAUUGUGGAGGUCCCAGUCUUUAACAAUUACAUUCCCAGAAAAAAACAGAAUGUGAGGAGGCUAUCUGGUGUGCAAAAACAAAUGUGAAAAUAUUCCAGCUCCUUAUGUUAAAUGGACAUUGAUCUAGUAAUAGUUUACAUAACCACAUUUACCUUAUCACUGUCACAGUCAUUCAUAGGUAAAUAGAUCGGUAAGCACUGGUAAGGGUUAAGGCACAUCAAUAUGUGGCAGUAGGAACCUGGAAUCAAAUGCACAACUUUCCCAUUGCAAGACACUAUUAAAUCGCAUUCAACUUUACAUUCCAUUUUGCAAAACACGUUUCUUUCUGUUAUAGGACGUAGGCUAUUAUGGCCUUUAUUGUAAAUAAUUCUACAUUUCUAUGUAAAUUAACCUCCAUUGCAUGAAAUUAGCAUGAAAUUUUCUGGAGCUGUUUUACAAUGGUAGGAAUCCACACAAUGGCUAAUCUUUGUUUUUAUCCCAGUUGAAGUCAGUUAAGAGGUUAAGUACUGCAGGUUAAACAGUACCUAGUGAUAUUCUCAACACAUAACCACACUUUAUGUCAUUUUAAUAAUGUAUUUAAAAGACAGCACAUGUCAUGAGUCUUCAUGUCUUAAUACUGUAGCUCAGAGAAAAUGACAUGGACAUGUUUGUUACCGGCCUGACUCGUAUUUUUGGGCUGAUCUUUACCCCCGUGGUUUGCAAAUGACACUGAGACUGUGAUAUUAGGAAAAUAGAAUGUUAACCUCACACACUGAAGGCACCUUUAUGGAACUGCAAUGAAACAGGUUAGGCCUUGUUCUUCUACUGGAAGGUCAUGUUCUGUCUGAGUUUAAACUGGUUUUUAAACAUUAAGUAGUUUAUUGUAUUGCCUGGUUUAGGAUUGGUUUUAAACUGCAACAGUUUGUGUUGUUGAUGAAACUUGAAAAAGAGCAAAUGUGUAGAGUUAGCUCUGGAAGCCAUCUGAAAAAAUCUGAUGGCUUGGAAUGUUCUUCAUCAAUCCUGUAAUCCUGCCGAUGCAUUCAAGAACACUCAGUAACACAGGAAGUGAAAAUUGGAUCCAUUCCAUUCUCUCACAAAACACAACCUGACAACAGAGUUGUCUGCACGGUUAAAGAUGUGUUUUCUGCUAUAUCUUCACAGAUGCAGCUAAUUCUUACUAGUAUAUCACAUUAAUAAUAUCUUACAAUAUAGUUGAUUGAUGUAUGUUUAAAUAGAAAUUAUAUUAUGCACAUUUACUUACAAUCACUUGCACAUGAGAAAAUGAGAAGUGGAUGCUAUUAGUUUUCAAAAACAUGUGUUAUAAAGCACUUUAAAGCUUCUGCAAAGGUGAGAAAAAAGGUUUUGUACCUUUGUUUUGGUGCAUCUAUAAAAGACGUGGAUUGUUUGAACAUCUCAAGAGUCAGAAUAUCAAGCAGUUUAUACAACAGCCUCAUUUUCUUUGGCACCUGGUAAGUAACUGCUUGAACAACACAAUGUGGCAAUAAUUGCCCAAAGUGACUCCCAUCCACCAUAGUGUUUAAUGCUGCUAAGUUUGUAUAUGAUUGAUUGUAUGCUUGUAUAUUAGUUUCAGCAGUCAUUUAUUUACUUGUGUUGGAAGCCAUGCUAGCUGACAAUAAUUAUGUUUCCAAAUGUAAGUGAAUAUUUGAAAUGUUGCAAAAAAAAAUUGAAUUUGUAGUUUGAAGUGAAUCAACCAGGCUAAUUUAAUCAGUUGUUGAUGCUGGGUAAGCAAAAUAAACAAGAUCGAGCGGUUGCAAACUGGCAUGGACUAUACAUGUCAGGAAAAUGGAGAGUCCUCCCCUCCAAUAUGGAGGUCAUUGUCAUUGACUCACCAGUGGAUGGGAGCGAUCCACUAAGUCCCCUAGCCUGGAGUGAAUCUCACCAGCUACUCUAGGUUCCCUCUCUGUGCUGGAGAUUUGGACUCUGAAAAUUUCAGAGCUUUGCACAGGCAUACUAGUGGAUGUGAAAGUUCACCACCUCAGAACUUAUUCAGCAAAUGUAUUUCCAUCUCCACUUUUGUGCAUUAACUCUUUUCAGAAAAGCCACCUCAAGCAAACAUAAAAAGUUUUUGAGGAAGCUAUUUUGAAUUUUGUUGUUUCCAUCAACCUGUUCUAAUACAAUACUUCAAAAUAUGCAUUAAAAAAACACAUUGAUGCAAACAUGCCGAGUGCAGAAAGGACUGCCAGCUCCAUUGUGCUCCAUUGUCAGUUAUCCUUUCCACAAUGGAUUGAUGACAGUCCAUUGUAGGACACAAAGUCAGAACACAAUUUGACUUUGUGGUCUGGAAAAUUCAAACUCCUGUAAAGGAUUCUACUAAGAGCACAAAAGUCCUAGCUAAAUUGACAAAGUUUAUAUUACUGUUCUAAUGUUUCAAUUCAUUCAGAAAGAGUGAAAAUAUCUGGAGUUAUUGAGUGAUAAACACAUGGAAACGAGGAGUUAGAAAACAAGCCAGUGGUACUGUAUUACACUGACACAUCAGGUUAGCUCUACUUUCCCUAUGACUAUGACAGAUAGUCAUAGAGAAAUAUGACUUUAACAGAUAGUUAUAGGGAUUCAUCAGGUCUAUAGCUAAUGGUGAAGCGAUGUUUCUACCUCAGAACAACAUCUGUGUCAAUCAUUGUGUGACUGAGAGAAAGCAUAAUUGAAACAGACUUUGUUUUCGCCUCUUCACUGAAUCCAUUAAUGUUUAAGCAGUAUGUGAAUGUUAGCACCAGACUACUUUAUCUUACUUUGUGAUGUACUCAGGGUUGACUCAAGAGGGAUUCAAAUGCAUUAUUUAGAUGUGCUUUUAAUUAUGAAGUACUGAGAAAGAGGACAUUAUGCUGCAAUACAGCAGCACAGUGUUGCUGCUGUAAAAAUCGUGUUAUGUGUUUCAUUAAAUAACACUAUUACUUAUCAUUUAAGUUGUUUUGAAUAAAUCAUACAAAUAA